AUGGCCUCCUCGCCUCCUUCCGUUGAGCUCACAGAAACUUUCCAUUGUUCCACCAGCACUCAUGACUAUCAAAUCCGAUGGACAUCCCUUGGUGAAUCUGAUUUACAACCACUCAUUUUUGUUCACGGUACUCCAUGGUCAUCUCAAGUCUGGAUCAAAUAUGCCAAGUCCUUUUCCAAAUACUUCCGUGUCUACCUCUUUGACAAUCCGGGUUUUGGUGAAAGUCCGCUUGGAACGCCUCGUCCAGAGUCACGAAACACAGUCAGCAAAAAGGUCGCUCUGGAUGCAGAUCUCGCACAGCAGUCGGAAGUUUUCGCUGCCUUGUAUGGCUUCUUGACGAAAGAUUGGAGCCAAAAGCCGCAUGUAAUCGCACACGACCACGGCGGCCUCAUGAGUCUAAGGGCUCACUUACUUCAUCAAUGUGAAUAUGCGAGUCUAUGCUUGAUAGACGUUGUGGCCAUCGGUCCAUUUGGCCAGCCCCUGUUCAAGCUUAUCGCGGAGCAUGAGGAUGUUUUUUCCGUGUUGACUGGUCCAGUGUUUGAAGGAGUGGUUGAAUCAUACAUUCGGGGCGCGGCUCAUCAUACUCUCCCCAAAGAAAUCAUGCAAGCGUUGAAGUAUCCAUGGCUCUGCAACGAGGAGGGACGAAGGGGCUUUGUCAGGCAAAUGGUGCAGGCCAACAGUCGCAGCACCGAGGAAGUGGAAUUCCGAUAUCCCGACGUAGGAAAAGGGAUGCCUGUGCGAAUAAUUUGGGGGACGGAAGAUCAGUGGAUUCCAGUGGAGACAGCGUUGCGGCUGAAAGAAGCCCUGAAUGCUCGGGAUGUCAUCUUGAUCGAAGAUGCGGGGCAUCUCGUUAUGUACGACCAGGAGGGCCCACUGGGAGUGGAACUGGGCUGGUGGCUGAACAGCGUGAGCCAGAAAUAG